AUGGGAGGCCGUUUUAUGAGUAUGGGGGACCCACUAGCAGAGAACAUUACAAAUAUAGACUUUGAUCCACUUCUUGCUGUUGCUAGAGAUCAAUUGCAAGAGUAUUUGAAACACGUUUCAAAGAAAAUUAUAUUCCUGCACGCUUUCCCAAGACCAGUCAUUGAGGAAGUUGAGAAGCUUGCACAACACUUCAGAGAAAAAAUGACACCUGAAGAAAUAGAUGCAAGUCUGAAUCUAUUUGUAUUUUACCAACUUUUCCGUUUUCAGAAACUUAUCGUCGAGUCAUUCGAGAAUGGAUACAAUAUAGCAAAACAGAGAUAUGAUAUAUUGUUGAAAGAAUGCGGUGCGAAAUGCGAUUACAUAGAUUACACCAAAAUAUUCCAUAACCCCAAAACGAACACAGUUCGAUAUUUCAACGAUAUUGGAUUGAGUUACUUCACGUCAGGUCUUCAUUUGACACCCAUUGCGUUGGAAAUCGCUCGACCGGAUAUCAAGGAAUUAUGCACACAGUUAUAA